AUGAACUCUGCUGCCGCCGCCGCAUCUCGCAGACCUUCCUCCCCCAGCAUCUCGAGCAAUUCCCCUCGGCGCCAGAGCAAUCUGCGGACAACUUGGCGUCACAGUGCCGGAUCAGCAGAUGCAUUCAGUUCGUUUUUGGAUAUGGAAGAGGAGACCGAUGAUGGGGUCCGAAGCAGACCGGCCAGUUCGGAAAAUGUUCCCGAGAAACGCAUAUACGAGACGACGGCCCCGAGUGACCCCGGAGUCACCUUUGAAGAAUUGAUUGAGCGACUCAUCGCGUUGCCCAUGUCGAAACAGGACGCCAAGUUUAGUGCUAUAUUCCUAUGUCUAUACCGGAAAUUCGCCGCCCCGUCGACCUUACUUAAUGCUCUCAUUACUCGAUUCGAAAAUACCGAACGAAGCGAUUUACCUCAGUUGACUCGAGCUUCUGAACAAUUGCGGCUCCUUCAAGUGAUUGCCCAAUGGGCUUCGGAAUACCCAGAAGAUUUCGCGCAUCCUAAAACACGUCAGAGAUUAGUCGAUUUUGUCAACUCCAUUGAAGAGAGUCAUGUGUACAUGUUCGCCGCGAAGGAAAUCAGCCUACAUUUGGAACUACGGGUAGAAGAUGACGACCUUGGCUGGCCAUUCCGAGAUGGAGAAGACGGCGAAUCAUCCGAGGGUACUGGAUCAUCGCACUUGUCGCCAUCAACUUCUUUUAUGCACUCCUCGUUCUCGGAGAAUGUGCUCAAUAAUAUCAGUUCUUUAGAUUUGUCUGACGAGCCGACGAACGACUCAUCGAGGGACUCGGGUACAUUAUCCUCCAGUACCGGCAGAUCGGCCUCGACCAUUACACAAGCGUCUUCGGCUAUGCUAGCGUUAGAGAAUGCACAGCGAGAGGCAAUGAGUCUGGAACUCACUUCUCGAUAUGUCCUUAGUAAAAUACAAUGGCGGCAAUUCAUGGAGAUCCCAGAUGACGACUUUGCUCGAGAGCUUACUCGCAUUGACUGGGCGAUGUUUACCUCUUUCAGACCUCGAGAUCUUGUACGCCACGUCAGUCUAUCUGGGGCUGAGAAGGGGAACUCGAAGUCUUUGCAGAAUGUGAAUCGUAUGAUUCAAGAGUUCAACCAUCUCGCAUUUCUCGUAGCGAAUAUGAUAUUGCUUCGAGACAAGGCCAAACAUCGAGCAAAGGCCAUGGAGAAGUUUAUGAAUAUUGCAUUGAGGCUUCGCCGUCUGAAUAAUUAUAACUCUUUAGGCGCUGUCCUGGCAGGCAUCAACGGCACGCCGGUACAACGACUAGCACAAACAAGAGAAUUAAUACCACUAUCAGUACAAAAAGAUUUCCUACGACUUGUGAUUUUGAUGGGCACGCAAAAGAGUCACUUUGCAUAUCGUCUGGCGUGGGACAAUUCGUUUGGAGAGCGCAUUCCAUUCCUACCACUUCAUCGGCGCGACCUAGUAUCUGCAGAAGAAGGCAACAAGACAUUUGUCGGCGAUAACAAGGAUCGCAUCAAUUGGAAGAAGUUUGAAAUUAUGGGCGAUGUGGUCCUUGCUAUUCAACGCAGUCAACGCACGCCGUACCCUUAUAUUCAGAAGAAUGAGGAAGUGCAACAGUUGGUCCUAGACGCUAAGAUGUUUGAUGAAGAGGAACUAUAUACUCGAAGCGUACAAGUCGAACCUGCUGGAGGUGCAAUCGACAGAACCAAGCCUUGGGCGCAUCGAUGGCUACGACCUUGA